GCGCACAUACAGAAUGCUGGCCAAAGUGCAUGUGAGCUGUAUCAUGCGGCGUGCAGAGCGUGUUCCUCUUUUUGUCCUCAUCUCCCCUUCUUGCCUUUCCUCUUCAUUUGUCAUCUAUACUGGCUGAAUACAGUGGAUGAUCCUGUGGGACUGCAAACACUGUAAUCCCAUUGUAAUCCAGGUGUGACUGGUCUGUAGCCAAGCUGAACUGUAGCAGUGCAAUGAUGGCAGAAGGAUGUGAAUUUGACCUGAACUACAUCACAGAACGCAUCAUUGCUGUAUCCUUCAAUCAGACAUGCCCAGAGAAGACCUACCUGCACAACUUACGCAACAUCACACAGAUGUUGCAGUCCAAACACUCAGACAAUUACAUGGUUAUUAACCUCUCGGAGCCCAGGGAAGAGCUAAGGAGGAUAAACGUCAGGGUACUGGAUGUUGGCUGGCCUGAACAGCAUGCUCCAUCCCUACAUCUACUGUGUUCUAUGUGUAAAAGCAUCGAGAACUGGCUCAGCACUCAUAGCGAGCAUGUCCUCCUGCUACACUGCACGGGUACAAAAGACCGGAUAGGAGUAGUCAUUUCAUCCUACAUCAACCUCCCUAGCAUCUCGAGCAGCGAAGAGAAGGCUUUAGACUGCUACACCAUGAAACGGUUCUACAGUGAUAAGAUGGCUUCCCUUAUGACUCCUUCUCAGAAAAGGUAUGUGCAGAUGUUUGGCAAGCUCCUGGCCCAUCAGAUAAAGAUAAACUCCUCUCCUCUCCUCUUCCACUGCAUCUCUCUGAAGCACAUGCCAAAUCUGCACCCCACAGUAUGUGGACUGUUUGUGAGAGUAUACCAAGACAUGCAGCUGGUUUGCACAACAGGAAUACAUCAGGUCUCUGUGGGGAAGACAGACAAAGUGUAUUUCGCACUGGAACCACCACAGCUUCUCAAAGGGGACAUUCUGAUUGUAUGCUAUUAUAAGAACAUUGCAAAGAGGAGCAGAGAGGCUGUGUUUCGCAUACAGUUCCACACAGGCACUCUUCAAGGACACCCUUCAGUCUUCCACAAAAAGGACCUUGAUCUUGCAAACAAAGAUCCCAGAUUUCCAGAAGAAGGAGAGGUGGAGGUAGUUUUCUCAGAAAAUAUGGCAAAAAUUCCAGGUUUUCCACAAGGUAGUGUUGGCUGGAAGAACAGCUCUGCAGUUAUCAUUGACUACGACACUCUGGAUCCUCUAGUCCACUGGGACUCUUAUGAGAACAUUACAGCAAGAGCUCAGCUGACUGAAAGCACACUGUCCUCCGUAAGCAGUGAUUCUGGGCUCUCCACUAACUCGCUGUGGACCGGAGCAGCAGGCACUGGGCUCCAGAGCCAAGUCCAGAAAGCCACUCUUAGGGGCAGCAUGGCAGGAGAGCAGCCUCGUGUGCAUGUCCUAACCUCUGAAAUUGCAGUCACAAGUGACAGAGAUGAGAGAACAACAGGGGAAAUUUUUCAUCAUAUAGACCCUGCUUUUCACAUGAAUGGUAAAAUCAUGAGUGCGCAACGAGAAACCCAUAUCCUAGAUGAUGAGGAUGAGCAAACAUCUUCUGCUAUAGUGUCAGACUCUAAAGAAACAGGCCUUAAACUUCCUGUUUUGAGUAGACAUGAGUACUCGGCCCAGUCAGAAGAUGCUGGAGAUGGGGUGCACCCGGAUGACACACGGACUCACACUCGCACAUCGCCUAGCAGUGAUCAGACACACAUAUGGGUGAAGCAGCAACAGCUAGUCUCUGCUGAUUCUUACAUGUACACCAUGCCAGAUAGACUGGAACAGAAGGUGGAAUCAGGGAUUAAAAAUGACUCUCUGGAGGCGGAACCAGCGGCAGACAAGGAUGACGAAUUCGCUUCCCUCGCCUUGGAUAUUGACCAAUCAAUUGAGCAGCUGAACCAAUUGAUCCUAGACCUGGACCCAGAAUUUGAACCUGUACCCACACUGGCUAGGGGUCACAUGAUCUGCUCAACCUCUGUGCGCACUAAUGGAGUUGGACCCUUAGUUGGCCAAGCAAAAUCCAGCCAAUCAGGCUGGAGAAAUAAGCUGAUUACUAAUGCCACUAAUGAUCCUGCAUCCAGGUGCAGUGAUGGUGAUUUUUUACAGCCGUUAUCAAAGCCUGCUGUCUGCAAAUCAUUGGAGUAUGGUAGUGACACAGUGGAAUAUGGGGAAUUCAGUCCUGAGAAUGACAGUCUGUUAUGGGUGGAUCUGAACCAAUCUCCACUGACACCUGCAUUUCCUGUGACACCUCCUACACCUUACAUGAAGAGUGUGUAUGACUUUUCCCACGUGAGUCUCAGCUCUCAGCCUGGCCCACAGCACCUGCUCUCAAGGACACAGCAAGAAUCACGGGGAUAUAUGGAUAAUAUGACACACUCUUCUGUGUCAUCAGAUGGAGACCUGUUUCACUCCGAAGUAACAUCGAGGUCCGCCCCCUGCCAGAGAGGGUUUGGCUCCAUGCGCUCAGUGAGCACCUCAAGUCCACUCCCCAACAUUGACAGCCCCGUUCCAGCACAUUCGUGGUUAGAGAGUGGUUCUAACACCCCCCUGAGCUUCUACACACCCCAGCCUUCACCUCCACUCUCACUUUCCACCCCUAACGCCCACAGCUCCCCUCGUGCCCUGCCAUCCCGUCUUGAUGUAGGGAACUUGGAGCUUAGUCUACUGGAAGCAAUGGAGGGUCUGGAGUCUCUGGGCUUAAAUGGAACGCAGCCGCCGCUGUUACCUCAAAAGAGGAGAGGGAUGGAUGGAAGAGAGCUAUCCCUGAACUCGCCACUCAGCCUAAGUGGAGGUUCCAAUAAUAAUGGGUCACCUCCAGCAUCUUCUCCUAGUCCAGAUUCAUUUUCCAGUAAAGCUGACAACGUGAAAUUUGUUCAAGACACAUCAAAGUUCUGGUAUAAGCCGGAUAUCUCUAGAGAGCAGGCCAUCACAGUGCUGAAGGAUAAAGAGCCCGGCGCCUUCAUCGUCAGAGACAGUCACUCAUUCAGAGGAGCGUAUGGACUGGCCAUGAAGGUGGCCACGCCCCCGCCUUCCGUCCUACAGCAGAGCAAGAAAGUGGGGGAUCUGACCAGUGAGCUUGUACGUCACUUCCUGAUCGAGUGCACACAGAAAGGAGUGAGGCUGAAGGGCUGCCCAAACGAACCCUACUUCGGAAGCUUGACAGCUCUCGUGUGCCAACAUUCCAUCACACCACUGGCCUUGCCCUGCAAACUAAUCAUCCCAGACAGAGACCCUCUGGAAGAGCUGAAUGAGUCUCAAGGACAGACUUCUACAAACUCAGCCACCGAGUUACUGAAACAAGGAGCAGCGUGUAAUGUGUGGUUCCUGGGCAGUGUGGAGCUGGAGUCUCUGACAGGUGUACAGGCAGUACAAAAGGCCACCACAGUGAGUCUUAGUCAGGAUCCUCCAGCCACCUCCACUAUCGUUCACUUCAAAGUGUCUGCACAGGGCAUCACGCUUACAGAUAACCAGAGGAAAUUGUUCUUCAGGAGACAUUAUCCUGUCAACACAGUCAUAUUCUGUGCCCUGGACCCUCAGGACAGAAAAUGGACAAGAGAUGGCUGUUUGGAUGCAAAGAUGUUCGGCUUUGUAGCGAGGAAGAGUGGGAGCAGCACAGGGAACGUGUGUCACCUUUUCGCAGAGCAUGACCCCGAGCAGCCGGCCAGUGCUAUCGUCAACUUCGUCUCCAAGGUGAUGAUUGGCUCCCAGAAGGCCAAAUAAAUCAAACGUACCCUUUUUUUCAGCCAUUUUCAUAUUCCACUCUGGAUUGAGAGGCAUAUGGCAGCUGUUUUCUUCAAACUUGUGGACAUGUGGAUGGGUGUCACCAACAAAAAUCAACAUUUUGUACCUGUAUGGGGACAUCAAAACUACUGCGAACUAUUAAAGACUACAAAAAGACUAUUGAGGACUAGAGCAUGGCCUUUGCUCAGAGUAACAAGUUCUUUAAAUGAGCACACAGUCGAGCUUCAUGGCCUUGAACUCAUCACAGGCUGCUUUUGCCUUUUAUACCGAUCAUCCAAUAGAGGGAGUCCCAUCAUCUCAGCUUAAAAUAACUUUAAAUUACCGGCUGUGUCCGUUGCGAAAAGAAGCACCAUGUGAUCUACAUACCAGAGUUACAGUCUGUACUGUGCAGAGUCUGCAAGUUGUGUGAGAAUGCUUUCCCAACUCCUUUUCCAGUAAGCCUCGAUUUGAAAGCCAUUCAUCAAAUCCUUAAAACAUUUCUCAGCACUAUUCUCGGUGAAUUCACAGUGCCAUGCAUCAAACUUCAGUAAACUGCGCUGCUUCUUGAAUUAAAUAGAACUGUCAAGUCCAAUAACUGUUAUUGAAUCAUUAUUUUUGCUCUGCAAAAAGGUAAUUCACUCUGAUAAACAUGUCUAAAAGAUAAUGUUUUUCGAUUAUACAUUUGACGGAUAAUUUGGGCUGCUAAAUGAGUCAAACUGUUUGAUACCCAUUGAAAAUGUAGUGCUUACAGCGGCUUGAACAGCCUCUACAUUUUUACAAAUCCUCUCUGUUACUGCCAUAAAUUACAUAUUAAAUGUUUUAAUUUUUAAUAUUUAAAUCCUGAUAUUAAUAAUUAGUGGCAUUUGGCAUAUUCUACUGGUAAAAUAUGUAUCAUAUGCAUCAUAGCUCAUAUUUUGUGUAUGCUUCUUUUAUAUUCAUCAGUGCUUGAUUAUAAUUUGUCCAUAGAAACAUUUGAUCACUAAAUCAAUCAUUUUGUGAGUUGGCCAGCUUUUUCUAUUGAGUAUUGACUAUUUUUAUAAUCAAUUUACCAACCUAGUAAGACUCACGAUGAAUCAUAUUUAAUGUAAGUGCACAUAUUUAUUUUCAGCAUAAAGCAUUUAUUACGUUGCAUUACAAUCUGUUUAGAAAAUCUGUGUAUUCAUCUCAUAAAGCAUAUCAAUUAAUCCACCAAUCUGAAGGAUGUAUUGCUUGUCACUGAAUUUCUCUGCAAAAAUGAAACUGCCUUUUCCUCUUCCACUGCUAGAUGACCAGAUAUCCAGUACAUUAUUUAUAACUGAGAACUUAUAGUGCAGGUUUCAUAUAUAAUUUUCAUAUUUGCUCAGCUUUCUUCUUCAACAUAUAGUGCUCCUGUAUAUCGAAGACUUUCAGUGUAUGUCACUUUCACAUGUAGCUUCUGCCAUCUUUCAAUAUUUUUUCCCCUCUCAAUGAAGAAGCUAAUGAAUAAUUAUUAAUUAUUUUUAGCAACAUGAUUAAUUCUUGGUUCUUACAGUCUGGUUAAGUCAUCCCCCACUGCAUAAUACAGUGAUGAUGAUGAUGAUGAUGAUAAUUUCUAUUGCUGCUUACCAGGUCAGUACUUGCCAUUUAGUAUUUGUAUACGCAAUACAAGUAUAAGCAAAUUGUUUCAUAUAAAAUGUAAGUGUACUGACUUUAAACAGCUCCUAAUUAACAUAUUCCAUAAAUAAAAUUGCAAGAUGCUUCAUGUAGAACAGAUCCAGAACUUAGACCCCAGGUUUCUACACAUACACAUUUUUUCAGUAUGAAGGAAUGGCAAAUACUUUCACAGUUUUAUUUCAUCUCUUUCAUUUGUAAUUUUUCACUCUCUCUCUCUCGCUCUGAUAACUUCCAUUCAGGUGUAUUUGGUGUAAAUGAUGUAUAGAUAUGACUGCAUCCUACAUGCUUAUAUAAUAAAAGCAACUUCUGCAA